ACACACAGUGGACAGAGACUGGUCUUCUCUCACACCUCGCUGGUUCGUCUGGCCAAUCACACCUUCAGAGUGCGGUAUCAGGCACACAUCCAGAGUGCUCCCUCAGUCACACACACACACACUCAGUGAGGUGUAGACGAGCAGCAGGAGUGUGAGGAUGGGUCACACUGAGAGCCAAGGAGGUGGGUGCGAGGUGUGUGUAGUGAGACCAAUGCUCACCAUCACCCAACGUAACACAAAGUACUGCUACUAUCCUCCACACAAGCAAGGUAUACUGGAAACUCUUCAGGCCAAAGGAAAAGAAUGGUGUACCUGCUCUGGAAGAUGUGUACUCUCAGUUAUUACCAAGCGUGUGCCUAUCCUCUCCUGGUUACCAGCUUAUAACCUACGAGCGUAUCUUCCUGGAGAUGUUGUCUCUGGGAUGACUGUCGCAAUUAUGCACGUUACACAAGGAAUUGGGUACGCCCAGUUGGCCAAACUUCCUCCCAUUACUGGCAUGUACAUGGCAUUCUUCCCAGUACUUAUCUAUAUAUUACUGGGGACUUCAAAGCACAGUUCAAUGGGAACGUUUGCUAUUACUUGUCUGAUGACAGGAAAAGUUGUUAAGCAAUUUGCAACUUUCCCUCACGGUCACCCAGCAUCAGACAGUGCCAGGAACGACAGUGACAUUAUGACAGAGCGUAUGUACACUCCCAACCAAGUGGCAGCAGUAGUGGCACUCACCACGGGAACUAUUGAGAUUCUGCUGGGAAUAUUGAACAUGGGCAGCUUCAGUGUGUUCCUCUCUGACAUGAUGGUGUCUGGCUUCUCCACAGGCGCCGCCUUCCAUGUCUUUACUCUGCAGAUUCAACACAUUCUUGGCUUAAACUUGAAGUCUUACGAUGGUCCAUUAAAACUUAUGUAUACUUACCGAGACAUCAACAAACAAUUAUUCACAGCUAAUCCAGUCGUCAUGGUUAUCUCUGCGAUAACUAUUUCAGUUAUCGUCUUCAAUAACUUGAUAAUUGAGCCCUGGUUCCACACCAAAACAAGGGUGCCUUUCCCCAUCAAGUUUAUUGUGCUGACAGCUGGCACGCUCCUCUCGUACUUAUUCAACUUUCAUCACAAAUACAAUAUGAGGAUCGUUGGCAAAAUUCCAACAGGAUUACCAACACCUACAGUACCUCCCAUUGAGCUGAUGCCCAAAAUAGUUACUGACUGUGCUAUCAUCUGUGUGGUGGCCUUUACGGUGUCCUUCUCUAAGGCGAGAGGCUUCGCAAAGAGACACCACUAUAAAGUUGACGGCACUCAGGAACUUUAUGCUCUGGGCACCAGUAACGUGGUUGGAUCGUUCUUCGGCUGUGCUCCCAUCGCUGUGUCACUGGCUCGCUCUCUCAUACAGGAAGCUGCCGGUGGUAAGACACAGAUAACUUCCUUCGUCUGUUGCAGCAUCCUUUUGCUGGUUUUACUGUUUGUUGGGCCAGUCUUUGAAACUCUUCCAAUGUGUGUGCUCUCUUCCAUUACUUUAGUGGCAUUAAGAGGAACGUUCCGGCGAAUCAAUGACUUGAGGAACGUGUGGCCCGUGUCUAAGAUUGAUGCUAUGAUGUGGAUUAUAUCUUUUCUUGGUGUGGUUAUCGUUGACAUUGAUUACGGCCUCUUGAUCGGCGUACUAACCUCCAUGUUGAUCCUCAUGGGGCGUUCUCAAAAGCCCAAAACUGCUCGUCUGGGUCGCGUUCCGAGCACUGACGUAUAUUUAGACGUCAACCAGUAUUUUGUGACACUCGAAAUUCCAACUGUGAGAAUAUUUCAGUUUUGCGGAUCAUUACACUUCGCAAAUUGUGAAUAUUUCCGUCAACAACUGAUAUCUGUUACUGGCCUAGACCCGUACGUGAUUGCUACCACCAAGUCCUUAGAACAAAAGUACCAGCAGAUGCCAAUAAGUUGUAUCACCCCGUCGAGGAAGAUGGAGAAACAUAGUGCCUAUGAAUACCUAGUCUACAAUUUGCGUCUUAGUCCGUGUGAGUACCUGGUGAUGAGAGAGGCUGUGAGUUACACAGACUCCACGGUGGUAACUACUGUCUCAGCUGUCAAGGAAUCCAGAGGCGGUAUUACGUGUUCUGGCUGCACUCUCAAGUAUACCAGACAAUCAACCCUCAUGUCAACCCUGGCUGCUAGCCAGGUGGAGCUCGAACCCAUCACAGUUCACUCUCAAAAAGUUUCAGCUAGGAAGAGCUUUGAUCAUGAUCUACUUGAUUCCCAUAAUAAACAUUCAGGGUCUGACUCAGAUCUCAACAAGCCGUUCCUUCAAAAAUCUAGAUUCAAGCACAUCAGAAUUGCCAUCAACAGGUCUUCUUCAACUAAAGCCAACACUGGUCUGAUUGUCCAGUGUUAA